UGCUGCUCAAGUGUGACAUAAUCAAUAAAUCAAUUUGGUCUCGGUGAUAUUCCGGUCCAGGUCCUUUUAUAACGAGCAAUAAUUCAACCUCGAUAAGCCUAGUAUUUUAUCCUCCCCACUUGGCUAGAGUUUACACAGAAUUUCCUUUCGAUGAAUAAUUUAUGCAAGGAAUUUAAAAAUAACGAAAAAAGGGAAGGAGUUUUCUAUCUCAAACUAGCGGCCCAACCCAGAAAAGGAGGGAAAAUCCCUCUUUUUCCCCCCGCCUUCCCACUUUCCCUUCCGCCUGCCGUCUACAUAAACCAAACACACAGAGCGAGCGAAAUAGAAACAUAGAACACCCCGCCCAAUCGAGGGAGAUCGGGAAUUCAAGCGGCCCUAGAAACUGAACGGCGACGAUGUUGUUUCGAUGCCUGAGGCUCGACUUCGCUUAUUCCGCCCUCCCGCGGUGGCCCGGCUUCAUCACCGCAUCCUACCUAACCCCUCGGUGGGUCCGCCGGGGUGUCCAGAAUUGGGGUCCGCAGCGGUGGUCGGAGCUCGGCGUCUCGAUCGUCGACGAACUCGUCUGGAGCUUGGUCUCUGCGGUGGAGUCCGUCGCCCUCGUCUCCAUGCUCUGCUUCUUCUUCCUCUUCUGCGGAUGCACGAUCUGAUUAGGUGGGAAAUUUAGGGAUACGUUUGUUUGGAAUCGGUUUCGAUUUUUCUGUCAGCUUGAAUCAAAGGGGAGAUUCGGCCGGCAGGAGAGCAGGCGGAGGUAACGAUGCUAGCUGCCGGAUGCCGGCGAAUGAUGCGGUGGAGGGGCGGCAGUCAGCAGUGAUGCGUAUGUAGGGUAGUACUGUAGUCUGUAGCAGUAGUGCGAGAAGAAAACCAGCGCGUGAAGCACGUGGUGGCUUCUCCGCUACCAUAUCUUCUUCUGUUUUUGUUUUUCUUUCUUUUGGUUACGUUUUGAAUUUUGAUCAACGUGGCUGUGUUGUGUAAUGGGAUUGGGGCCUGGGCCGGGCCCGGGCAGGCUGGCCCAUGUUUACUAUUAGUUUUGGUCUUUUGGAUUUGUACAAAAAGUUGUCGAUAUUGUGGAAGGUUAAAUGGUGAAUGUAUCACUAAUUUCCUCAAAUAAAUGUUGACCCUAGGCUACCCAACUAUGUUAAAUGUCGAUGACCUAAGUUAGCUCACCUAAUAAGCACCUUAACAAGAA